UAUGUUUUGUUUUGUUGGUUUGAAGCUCUCGGGGGAAACUUACUGACGAUCCCGGUUCUCAAGCUUCUUCUGGUGACCGAUUUUGGCGCUCACCCGAUCAUGUCAUGCAAUCCUAUAUGCAAGCUAGUUCAGAACCCUUUCUCCCUCUUUCCCUUCGUCCUCUCCUUCUCCUUUCUCUCUCUACUUUUCUUGGUUCCCACAUUUAAAAUUCCUUUCCAUCAUCCAUUUUUUCUCCUCGUUUGAUUUGCUACUAUAGGUAACUUCUUUCUUUCUUUUUCCCAAACCCAUUCUUUUCUUUUUUUUAUCCCCUACCACUACUCUUUUCUUCUUCAUCGGAAAGAGAGAGAGAGGGGGGCAGAUACAUAGAUUCCCCUCUUUCUCUUCACGAAAAGGAAACUGGGAUGGGUAGGGUUAAGCUAAAGAUUAAGAAAUUGGAGAAUACAAAUGGACGCCAAGCGACCUUUGCCAAGAGGAAACAUGGCAUCAUGAAGAAGGCUAAUGAGUUAUCAAUACUAUGUGACAUAGACAUCAUCCUUCUCAUGUUCUCACCAACUGGCAAGCCCUCGUUGUGUAAAGGAGCAAGCAGUAGCAUUGAAGAAGUAAUUACGAAAUUCGCUCAGUUAACACCUCAAGAGAGGGCGAAGAGGAAGUUAGAAAGCCUCGAAGCACUGAAGAAAACUUUUAAGAAGCUGGACCAUGAUGUUAAUAUACCAGAAUUUCUGGGUACAAGUUCUCAAACAAUAGAGGACCUGACUAGCCAAUCAAGACUGCUGCAGAAUCAACUAUCUGAUGUGCAUAAGAGACUGAGCUACUGGACCAAUCCAGAUAAGAUCAACAGCAUAGAGCAUUUGGGGCAAUUGGAAAACUCACUCAGGGAAUCACUUAAUCAGAUUCGAUCGUGUAAGGAAAACUUGGGAAAACAGCAUCUUAUGUCACUAGAAUGCCAUACUCAGUUUCAAAACGAGAUGCAUGUACCUUUCAGAAUGGGUGCAGAGCAGCAGCUCUCACCUCUUCUGUGGAUACCUAAUAAUGACAGUCAACAUAUUAUGUUACCAGAGGAACAAAAUCUGCUUCCCCAUAGGGAUGCUGAGUGCACUGCAAGCACCUCUUUUGGGAGUUAUUCUGGUUACUUUGGUGCAGGAAAAAAUUCUGAGCUAUCUAGUUCUGGUCAAGAAAGUGAUAUGAAUGGUAUUCUUGAUGAGUUAAAUGGAACUGCAUCACUGAGGCUACAGUUGGCUGGACAGUACCCUUACCUGCCAGGGCCAUAUAAUCUGAAUUUACUGAACGAUACAAAAUUCCAACCUGCAACAGAGAUGAACAUACACAAAAGCCCUGGGGAUUUUAAUGUUAGUGGAAGUUUUGAAGCUCCCAAACCUGAGUAUGACUCCGGCCCUCAUGGCUGGGCUUCUACUUCAGGAUCAUGUGCUGUUACUAUGUUUGAUGAUCAUUUGUAUGCUCCGCAACCACACUGAGAUUGAGUUUUACUUGCUGUUCAGCUGGUGAUAAGUUGCUGGAGAGCUUGGUCAGAUUUGUGAAAUUACCUGUCCUCCAGAUGACACUGUUGGAUUUACUGUAUAGGUUUUAAGCUAUGCAAUGGCGAGGGGAAGCCAGUGAAAUACAUAUAUCUAUACAGCUCGACACCAGCAUAGGAAUUCACUGAUGUUGCUAACUCGUUAGAAAGAGUGGUGCUGAUUCCAUCAAGUGAGACACCAUUUACAAUCUUCUGUAUACAACCUGUAGGUUUUACUGAAGUUACUACGCUUCCCCGGCCUAAACUCUGGUGACAGGGUCACGGAGGGCAGGCAGGCUACUGCCCUCCAUCCUGCAUUAGGGUGCCCCUGGCUGUGUAUUAAAACCAAUACAGCACAGGUUGUCUUUUUUUAUUUUUUAUUUUUCCAAGGAAGGCAAUGCUUGCAAUUUAAAACCGCUUCUGUGAAUCGAGUUCUGUAAGCAGCUUGAUACCAAUUUUUAUUCGUAAAUAUUUUGAUACUAAUUUUCCCGAAAAA